ACUUGAUUUUGUGUUAGACGCUGUACAAUGCCCGAAUCAAUGGUUACCGAGCAACAACCUGAGGAGUUCGCGUUUCAGGCUGAGAUCGCCCAGCUUAUGAGCCUGAUUAUCAACACUUUCUACUCCAACAAAGAGAUAUUUCUUCGUGAGCUUAUAUCUAAUGCUAGUGACGCUCUGGACAAGUUGAGGUAUAAGAGUUUGACUGAUCCAUCAGUUCUUGAUUCCGGAGAAGAUAUGUAUGUCAAGUUGAUACCCAACAAGGAGGCUGGAACUUUGACUGUCCUGGAUACUGGUAUUGGUAUGACGAAAGCAGAUUUGAUUAAGAAUUUGGGUACGAUCGCUUCCUCUGGCACGAAGGCGUUUAUGGAGGCUCUGGCUGAUGGUGCAGAUAUAUCGAUGAUUGGUCAAUUUGGUGUAGGUUUCUAUUCUGCCUACCUUAUAGCCGACCGGGUUCAAGUAGUGACGAAAAAUAAUGAUGAUGACCAGUACAUUUGGGAGUCGUCCGCUGGUGGAACUUUCACAAUUGCACCAGAUGACAGUGAGUUGCCAAAACGAGGCACUAAGGUGAUAUUGCAUCUCAAAGAAGAUCAACUAGAUUUUCUUGAAGAGAGAAAAAUUCGAGAUAUAGUGAAGAAACAUUCUAAUUUUAUUAACUAUCCCAUCAAGCUGGUUGUUAAUAAAGAGCGGACCAAGGAAGUGUCUGAUGAUGAGGCUGAAAAGUCCGAGUCGAAAGAAACUGACGAGGCUGACGACAAACCGAAAGUCGAAGACCUAGAUGAAGACGAGGAAGAGGAGAAUAAGGAAAAGAAAAAUAAAAAGAAGGUUGUGGAGAAGUAUACUGAAGAAGAGCAACUGAACAAGCUUAAACCGCUCUGGACGCGUAAUCCCGAAGAUAUAAAUACAGAAGAGUAUGCCGAGUUUUACAAGUCGCUUACUAAUGACUGGGAGGACCAUCUUGCCGUGAAGCACUUCUCUGUUGAAGGACAGUUAGAGUUCCGAGCGUUGCUGUUUGUGCCUAAACGUGCACCUAUAGACAUGUUCGAAGGAUCGCGUAAGAAGCGAAACAAUAUCAAAUUGUAUGUGCGAAGAGUGCUGAUCAUGGAUACGUGUGAUGAUAUGAUUCCUGAGUACUUGAAUUUCGUCCGAGGCGUUGUGGAUAGUGAAGACCUGCCCCUUAACAUCAGUCGUGAGGUGUUGCAGCAGAACAACGUAUUGAAGGUUAUUCGUAAGAGCUUGGUCAGGAAAUGUAUUGAGCUAUUUGAGGAGAUAGCGGAGGAUAAAGAUAACUACAAGAAGUUUUACGAGCAAUACUCGAAAAGUAUAAAACUGGGCAUCCAUGAAGAUAGUGUUAAUAGGGGAAGCUAUCCGACUUACUGCGUUUCUAUUCCUCAGCUUCUGGUGAUGAAAUGAUCAGCAUGAAGGAUUAUGUAUCACGUAUGAAGCCUGAACAACAAGAUAUUUACUACAUAACAGGUGAGUCAAAGCAAGCUGUAAUGAAUUCACCAUUUACUGAGAAGCUUACUCAACGUGGAUUCGAAGUACUGUUCAUGGUUGACCCGAUUGACGAAUAUGCUGUUACCCAUAUACGGCAAUACGAAAACAAGAAGCUGGUUUGUGUUACGAAGGACGGUCUUCAAUUACCUGAGAGUGACGAGGACAAAAA